AUGAAGAAACCGGGCGAAAAGGAUAUCGCUGCUUCGGUAGUGCCGGAGUAUGCUCAGCCAUGGGACAAGGCGGUGGAAAGACGUAUUGUGCGCAAGAUCGACCUGUUCGUCAUACCUCUUAUGUGGAUUGGUUAUGGGCUCGUCUACUAUGACAAAGCCAUUCUUGGAGGCGCCUCUGUCUUCGGUAUGUCGACCGACCUCAAAUUGAAAGUCGUCACCGAUCCCACCACAACUCCGCCAAAGGUCUCAACGACACGUCUGAGUUGGGCCACGUCUCUUUUCUAUUUCGGCAUGUUAGCGGGGGUAGGUCCAUUGACCUAUAUGUUUCAACGGUUCCAUCUUGGCCGCACUAUUGGAGUCGCCGUGAUAGUCUGGGGAGCAAUCGCGAUGUCGACUGCGGGUGUCACAACCUAUGAGGGAUUAUGGGCGCAAAGAUUCUUUCUGGGCUUUGCGGAGAGCAUUAUGCCCACAGCGUUCAUGGUCAUCAUUAGUGGAUAUUACACCCAGUCAGAGCAGACAUUCCGUCAAUGUCUUUGGUACUCGGCGACGGGUGGAUGGACUGUUCUCGGUGCGCUCAUCAACUAUGGCUUCGCACAUAUCACUUCUGGAAGUUUGGCCAAAUGGCAAUAUCUAUACCUCAUGGCGGGAGCAUUGACCGUCAUCUACGGUAUUGUGUUCUUGUUCUUUCCAAACUCACCUGCCCAAGCGUGGUGGUUCACAGAAGAAGAAAAGCCGGUUGCGAUUGAGCGCCUGCGCAUGAGUCAAAUGGGGGUUCGUUGCCAGAAGAUCAAGUGGUCACAGUUUCGGGAAGCGCUGUUUGAUCCGAAAGUAUGGAUCAUUGCAAUCAUGAUGGGGGCGGCUUACUCUGUCAAUGGUGCUGUAUCCGGCUUCGGUCCCCUGAUUGUGUCAACCUUUGGCUGGUCAGCAUACGACUCAUUGCUCUGGCAGAUGCCUCUUGGCGGAGUCUGCUUUGUCGGAAUUCUGCUGGUGGGAUAUCUGAGCCUCAAGGUGCCCAACAUUCGGCUGAUCAUGCUCAUUGCUUGUUGCUUGCCCGUCAUUGCCGGAUGUGCUAUGAUCUGGAAAUGCAACUGGUAUGAACACGCGCCAGCCCCGAUCGCCGGGUAUACCAUUAUUGGUUUUUUUGCACCGGUCACGUCGCUGAUAGUGUCAAUGGGCAUGUCCAACGUGGCCGGCAACACGAAGAAGAGCUUCAUGGCUGCGGCAAUCUUCGUGUUUUAUACCGUGGGAAAUAUAUCAGGACCGUUCUUCAUCCGCAGCGAAACUGUCGGCCAACAUUACCCAAGACUUUGGGAAGGCAUCAUCGGCUGUUAUGUGCUCGUCGUAGUACUGGCCGUCGUGCUCUAUGUUAUGCUAAGAGCGGAAAACAGGAGGAGAGACCGACUCAAUCUCGAGGAAAAGGAGGCUGAGAAGGUCGCUUUUGACGACUUGACGGACCUGGAGAAUUUGCACUUCAGAUAUGUGUAUUGA